CGCACCGCCCGCUGCAGGCAGCCAUCUUGUCCGAAGCGGGGGACCGGACCGGCUCUACCGGGAGCAAGACCGAUCAAGAGGCCACAUCGGGUUGGCGAAUCGCCUCUGAGCUCAGGGCUUUGGGGAGGGAAUUGCAUGGCUUACAGUGACAGCCGGCCCAUAGCCAGCAUUAGGGGACUGACAGCCGGGGAGCUACAUUGAGAACACCGGGGGAGCUAGCGCCGCCUACUGGUCACAUCGCCGCGGCCGGACCGGAAGACUGGGAAGAACAUGAGAUCCUGGUAGAUGGGGCCAAUGCCCCCGGAGGGGGAUCCCGGUAACUAGACCUGUGCCAAGGGGGGUGGCCGAGAGCCAGCAGCCCGGGAGACCCCGCUGAGCGUCCUGCGAGAGAACCGUGAUCAUGGCCUCCAACUGCAGCAGCGCUGUGGCGGGCAGCGCCAGCAAAACCAAGACCAAGAAGAAGCAUUUUGUGUGUCAGAAAGUGAAGCUCUUCCGAGCCAGCGAGCCCCUGCUGAGUGUGCUGAUGUGGGGGGUCAACCACACGAUCAAUGAGCUGAGUAAUGUCCCUGUCCCAGUCAUGCUGAUGCCAGACGACUUUAAAGCCUACAGCAAAAUCAAAGUGGAUAACCACCUAUUCAACAAAGAGAACCUGCCAAGCCGUUUCAAAUUUAAGGAAUAUUGUCCCAUGGUCUUCCGGAAUCUGCGAGAGAGAUUUGGAAUCGAUGACCAGGAUUACCAGAACUCUUUGACCCGCAGCGCACCUGUGAACAGUGAGAACCAGGGACGGUUUGGAUCGCGAUUUCUCAUCACAUUUGACCGGCGAUUUGUUAUCAAGACGAUAUCAAGUGAAGAUGUGGCUGAGAUGCACAAUAUUCUGAAGAAAUACCAUCAGUUUAUUGUGGAGUGUCAUGGUAACACUCUGCUUCCUCAGUUCCUUGGUAUGUACCGACUCACAGUAGAUGGCGUAGAGACCUACAUGGUGGUCACCAGGAAUGUAUUCAGCCACAGACUCUCUGUCCACCGCAAAUAUGACUUAAAGGGCUCCACCGUAUGCAGAGAAGCCAGUGACAAAGAAAAGGCCAAGGAUCUACCCACGUUUAAAGAUAACGAUUUCUUGAAUGAAGGGCAGAAGUUGCAUGUGGGCGACGAAAACAAGAAGAUUUUCCUUGAGAAGCUGAAAAAAGAUGUAGAGUUCCUAUCUGUACUUAAGAUCAUGGAUUACAGCCUCUUGGUGGGCUUACAUGACGUAGAUCGGGCAGAGCAGGAAGAGAUGGAAGUGGAGGAACGGGCUGAGGAGGAGGAGUGUGAAGAUGGCACUGGCAACCCCAUUUGUUCGUAUGGCACUCCCCCAGAUAGUCCAGGGAAUCUGCUGAACUGCCCUCGCUUCUUUGGGCCUGGUGAAUUUGACCCGUCCGUGGAUGUUUAUGCAAUGAAGAGCCAUGACAGUGCACCCAAGAAGGAAGUCUAUUUCAUGGCAAUCAUUGAUAUCUUGACGCCAUACGAUGCCAAGAAGAAAGCCGCGCAUGCCGCCAAAACGGUCAAACAUGGGGCCGGAGCAGAAAUCUCCACAGUGAAUCCGGAGCAGUAUUCCAAACGCUUCAUCGAGUUUAUGUCGAACAUCCUUGCAUAGCUCUCUUGCACUUCCCCAGUACAUGUGCCCGGAGAGAUUAGCCUCAUGUUCCUGGUGUGAGUGUGUGUGUGUUCAAGCGUCUGCAUGAGUGUGAGUGAGCUGGUCCGUGCUGCAUGCCCAUCCUAUUUGUACUCCUUCCCAUUUUGCUAAAAGAUCAAGUGUCUUUAUCCUUCUCCUCAAUUUUAAAUUUGUAAUACUGAAUUUAAAGGUCACAAAGGUAGGUUGGUUACCGAGAGGUCCCAGUGAAUGUCAAGUUGAGUAUCCGCCCCCACUCCUUCCCCAGCCUUACACUCCUUUUAAAGUAUUCUGUACUGUGCUCCUGCUUAGUGAGCGGUACACGUCCUUGCUGUUACAAGCUCUUUUGGCUAACUACCAUUUUGGUAUUAUUGGCUUUAGCAUUACUGCACUAUUUAUUACCACCAAGGUAGAAUGGCCCCAGAUGAAGUAGAUUUUCCUGUUUUGAUUAUAGUGUAUCAGAGGAUGCAUGUCCCAACUGUUGAAACUACAGGUGUGUUUUGUUUUUUUUUGUACCUUUUUAUUUGCUGUUACCUAUGCUAGAAAACGGUUGUCAGGAUGUACCUAUGACCUAAAGCAGGGAUGCUCAACCUGCGGCCCU